GAUAUGCCACCACAUGUGGCUGGUAUGAGUACACAGCCCCUCCCAAACCCAACACACCCCUCCCCACCCCCACCCCCACCCCUCCCUGAUACUGCUGCACAUCCACCCCGCCACCGACACUGCGGUCGCUGUCGUGACGGGAUGGCGGCAGCUGCGUCGAGUCGUUGCUCCCCCCGCUCACCCGCCCCCCCACACGUCCCGUCUCCUCCACACAGCCGGGGUGGAAGCUCUUCCUUGCGAUGCGCUCGUGGCCGUGCGUCGGGGCAGGCUCGGCGAGAGGGUGGUUCAGGCUGGCCGGACGCGCUGGCCGGACGCGGCGGCUCCGUGGUUGCAGUUUCUGCUGACCCUCAUAUGAUCCGUAGCCCUGGGGGAAGCCGUGGGUGCAGUGGGGGGCGUGAGACGUGGUGGCGCUGCUCUCCAUGGCCGUCGAGCUGAGGUUGUACGGCGUCAU